AUGGAGUGGGAUCCUAGCCGAUUCUUCCGUCCUUCAGGGAGUCCUUCGCCUUACGCUCUUCUCGUCCUCAAUCAGCCAAUCAAUGAGAAAGCUUUUGGAGUGUUGAGCAGAUAUGCAUCUUAUAUUAUUUGCGCCGAUGGAGGUGCCAAUCGGCUUUUUGAUAUGCCAGAAGUUAGGGAAGAAUCCAAACUUCCCGACUCCAUUGUCGGCGACCUUGAUUCUAUCCGCCCCGCAGUGCGAAAACAUUAUGAGAAACUCGGAGUGUCCAUCGUGGAAGAUCCAGAUCAGUAUUCAACAGACUUUACAAAAUGUCUGAGAUAUCUCAACGCACAUGCCGCAGAGAUCAUAGCUUCUCCCCGAAAAGGAAAGCCAACUACCAAUGGCACAAAUGGAAGCACAUCAAUCUCACCAUCUAAUCAAUCACCUCUGGAAAUAGUAAUUCUGGGCGGUCUAGGCGGCCGUGUGGACCAAGCUUUCUCUCAAGUCCAUCAUUUGUACAUGAUGACGCAGACGCAGCGCUCAAUCCGUGAAAAUGAAACCAACACCUCAAGUCCUGGUGCCAAUCCGGCCGCAGGUGGUAACCUCUAUCUCGUCUCUGAGGAAAGCAUUACCUUCAUUAUUCAAACGGGGAAGAACAUAAUCCACACUCCCGCAACAAGACGAGCCGGUAUCAUGGCAGCGUCGACAUCUGAUGUGAGCGAGUCACCGAAAAAACGCAAGCAUGAGCAAGAGCAGGAACAGGAGCAAAAGCAAGAACCAGAAUACUUCUUUGAAGAGAAUAUUGGCAUCAUCCCCCUCUCAGCCCCUGCCAAGAUUACAACCCAUGGCUUUGAAUGGGAUGUGGAGAAUUGGCAUACCGAGAUUGGAGGGCAGAUAUCCACGAGCAAUCAUAUCCGCGCCGACAAGGUGGAGGUUGAGACCUCUGUGCCGGUUUUGUUCACAGUGGAGUUGGCGGAGAGGUUGAAGAGGUGA